CUUUUAUUAUGUGAAAAGCUUGAAAACGAAUUACUGAAGUUGUCCUAAAAUUAUUGAAGUGAUGACCUUAGAACGAGUGUCAUUGGAUUACGAAAAUUUAUUGAAAAUAACGACAUAUUUUGAAUAUACAGAAAAAUACAGCUGUGCACCCCCAUACACUUUUUACUCAAAAAAGGAGGAAUUACAUGGGUUCAUCCACCAACCUGUUGCAACUAACUGCUGUAAAGGUGGCUGGUUCGAUCAUGGUAAAGCCUUGAGUCCAUCCAGGUAUAAUUGGUUAACUAUUUUUACAGAUGGUGAAGUGAAGGCAGUAGAGUGCGGUACCGGCCUCACUGCCUUUUUGUAUACUGAAGGCUAAGUAUACAGUGUGCUGCAUCCCACACUGUAAACAACAGACAUCCGUGUUUAAAUGACUCAAUUAGUCACUUCAGGGGAGGUGUGAGGAAGGAGCCAGAGUGUUGCAGAAUUUAUUUACCUGAAGAAGGCGCAGCACCCAUUAUCAUGACCCACGCCGUGUUCAUUUUGCUGCUGACCGUUUAUCAUGCCCUGGGAGCAGCAACAGAGAAAGUAGAAUGUUUCGCUGAUCUUGGCGGGGACAAACUUGACCCAAACAACAUUUACACCUGCGUGACGCCUGCCAAAUGUUGCCAGGAAGAAGGAAAACCAUCAUGCUGCAGUGAGAAGGCUGGGUCUGUGGCAGGCUUCGAGCAGGCGCAGCUGUGGGGAACGCUGGCAGGACUAAUCUUGGUGCUGGCGAUUGUCAUGUGGUAUUGUCGUCAUGAUGGAGAUUGUUGCGGGAACAAGAAGGGCGAGCAAGGGUGUUGUUGUUGUAAACGUAAGGAUGGAAACAACGACCCUGGUGACGAGAUUGAAGAGGUGAAGGUUCCUCCUGCAGAUGACAAGACCGACUCUCCUCCCGUCAUGGAGCAGUUCAGCGACAUAUAGUAGGCUUCCUUAGGCUCUGUAACCCCCCCUUCCUUUCAACCUACCACCCACUGCUAGCAUCCUCAUAAUUAAUAAGGAUAGAUUUCUCCCAACUAUAGAUGUAAGAAUGCAGAAUUUAAUUGGUUUGUGGCGCUGUUUCAAGAUUCUCAGACCAACCUGUGUACUGGACUGUCUUAUUAUUUUAGGCACGUUCAUCCGGUAAUAACAUGAUGUGCUAAUGCCUUUUGACGUGUGUGUAGUGAGGUAUAAGUGUUAAAUAUUAAUGGAAGAUCUAGUUUGCUAUUGAUAAAGUAUAUCGUAGCUGCUAAUAUGUUGAAUAGGAGAACGAUAGAAAUUUAUAUUUAUACCAGCUACCGUUGAAUGUCAAAUUACCUGUUAUCGUCAGCGUCAGUUCCUUAACGAUCCUGACCAGAGAAACACAACACUCACCACCUUCAGUAUAAACCGGCGAUCAUGGCGGGGCUCACCAACUAAGCUCCACCAUUAAUUCCUGACCUCCAUCCACAUCAGCAAACCUUGAGUAUCAAUUUAUAUUUGUAGGAUAUCCUAACUUUAUACUUUGUACGUGGUUUGAUGUAAUAUAAACUCCGACAUUGCCACUUAAGGUAAUUUACCCAUUUCGAGUGUUUAUUAAUUUUCGUACAGCUUAAUGUAAAUAUUUCUUGUCCUGAUAUCAACCAACUCAGGACAAAGUAAGACUUAGUGGUCCGUUUUUUGUUGUUGUGAACAAAGGUUCAAAUUGUCAUAAUGUUUACAUUUGAUUUUAAUAAAUAUUGAUUAGUA